AUGCAGAUGUUCAGUGAGCACAUCCUGAAAGAGCAAGGCUGGCCUGUGACGGAAGAUGCUUCCCUGAACUUUUCCCGUGUGCUGGAAGUUCUGAACAAGAGAACGGGCUCCAUCUACGAGCAAGGGAGAUGGUGCUCGUGGGGUUUCUGCAGUCAGGGAUUCCGGGGCUACUACUCUGCUCAGCUGCUUGUCAUCAUGUGGGCAUGCAUUGAAGAAGGGAAGAACCCUUACGCAAUGGCUGCAGCCGAGAGCACCAAGACGGCAUUGCUGGACGAAUCCGCCGCUGCCCUCUUCAAGAGUUUGUCCUCCCUGUCGAUGGAAGCAUUGCAGAGACAGACCCUGUUCGUCUGUGGGCCGAAGUUCGACCUGAAGUACGAGAGGGUAAUGAGGGCCACUUUCGGGGCAGUUGCUUUGGAGAACCUCGGCAUCUCUUCGGACAUUGCCCCUGCCCAGACCAGCGAAGGCCAGACAGUGCUGCAAGUCACAAAGAGACGAUCGAACGAGCUGGAGGACCUCGUGUUUGACCAUGUUCAUGCAGGGCUGGCUGCUUUGACCGAGCUUCGGCAGUACAAAGUGUAUCUGCAAAGCUCGCCCCACCAAGCAGCUGCAUUGCUGGCAGAGUGUGAUGGAGGCUCUGCAGAGCAGGAUACCAAGAACAGUAUCUUGCAGGCCAUGAAGCUAGAAUGGGGCAUGGUGACAGAGGCUGAGAACAGCAUGAAGUUUCAUCGCCUCAUGCAGUCUUCCUGCCCGCACACAAAGUUCGUGUACUACAGGGAGGUCAUGAGUUGCUUUGAGAAGGAGGGCUGGGUACUCAACACCAGCACAGAAGCCUUUCUACGGGGCUGGUUCCCGGGCCUCAGCAGUUCCUGCAACGUUGAGCAGUGCUUCAACCACAUGGAGGACAGCAUCAAGCGGGCCAGCAAGGCCAACACCGCAAGCCUGGCAAAUGUGCAGUGCCUGGGCAUUCGUGCCGUUGCAAACAAGAUCUGCAAAGGUGAGAAGGCUGCACAGGCAGUCAACCUGUCUCCGGAAGACUUCGAAGGGAACGAAGUCCGAGCCAUCAAACCCAAGGUCUGGAGAGCAGACACCUACAUCAACAGCACUUCGGCUUAUUCAAAGUUGCAAUUGCAGAGAAAUGCUGUGGAGAACUGA